GAAGGGCCGGGGCUGGAAGUCUCCGCUCUCCCUCCGUAUCCGGGUGGUUGCUCCCGGGCGCAGCCGGACCGCCGGAGCCGGUGCCAGGCGAAGAUGGCGUAUCCCGGGCAGCCGGCACCCGGCGGGUUCUACCAGGGCGGGUAUGGAGGAGCUCCAGGAGGACCAGCAUUCCCUGGACAAGCUCAGGAUCCUCUGUAUGGUUAUUUUGCUGCAGUUGGAGGGCAGGAUGGACAAAUAGAUGCUGAUGAGCUACAGAGAUGUCUCACCCAGUCAGGGAUUGCAGGAGCAUAUAAACCUUUCAACUUAGAGACUUGCAGACUUAUGAUCUCAAUGCUGGAUAGGGAUAUGUCUGGCACAUUGGGAUUUAAUGAGUUUAAAGAACUCUGGGCUGUGGUCAAUGGCUGGAAGCAACACUUUGUAAGUUUUGACAGUGAUGGAAGUGGCACAGUGGAUCGUCAGGAACUGGAGAAAGCCUUGAUGACUAUGGGAUUUAGACUGAGCCCACAGGCUGUGACUGCAAUCACAAAGCGAUACAGCACUCAAGGAAAGAUUGCAUUUGAUGAUUACAUUGCCUGCUGUGUGAAACUCCGAGCUCUCACUGAAUGCUUUAGAAGAAGGGAUGCAACUCAGCAGGGUUUUGUCAACUUCCACUAUGAUGAUUUCAUACAGUGUGUUAUGAGCAUCUAAAUCAAAAGGAAGCAAGCUGUGGAUGAUCAUGAUUUAACAUUCCAGUUUUAUGAGCAUCUUAAUCAAAAUGAAGCAAGCUGUGGAUGAUCAUGAUUUAACAUUCCAGUAUGUGUUUUGCUUUGCCAAGUUCUCCAAUGAUUGUGUAUCCCAAUAUUGGAAAUUGCAUAUUUUAUGAAGGCAUCCCUUUUCACACAUUUUUUAGUCUUGAUAAUGAAUAUGAACUACUCAUGUACUGUUGUCUUUAACUUCCAAUCUGUGAUUAUUAAAGUUGCUUUUAUUUUCAUAAACUUGCAAUUCACUAUGUAUAGCUCAGAUCACACAAAUGGUAAGAUUUUCAGUCAUGUGUCUACUUUUUUCCCAUGAUUCAUUAAAAUCAGUUUCUGGAAUGCAACUUACUAUUUUCUGACUUAAACAGUAACAUGUGUAUGACUUAAGAGGAUACAUAUUUUCUUGUCUUUGACAAGGUAAGACAGAUGUACAAACUAAAAGGGAUUUUGGAAUGGUCAUUUUGCACUGGUCUGUUAACACAUCAGUAAGUUUUGGUUACUUACUUUGUCAGCUCUUUUGAAGAUGAAGCCUGUGACACCAUGCACUGAGUGUAAGACUACCUGCUAGAAAUUCUUCUAAGCAGGGAUGCAACAAAAUACAGCAGAAAACUCUUCUAGCCUUGUGCCCUGGUACAGGGGUCUUUGUUCUUGUAAGAUUCUUGCUUUGUUUGUGUCACUGCAUAAAACACUUUUAAACAUAAAAAAGCUGUGCUGUGUCAGUUUGUGCAUCAACUCUCCCUUCACAGGCAGACAAACUUCAGUUACACGUAAAUAAAUGUUUCUAUCUCCUCCACUUUAA